GUUAAGAGAGAGAGAUACUAUUAAGUAUGCCAAAUAAAACUACUUGUGAUAUACGUAGAUAUUAUGGUCCAAAGAUCGCGUGUUCCACGCUCCAGUCCUACUUAUAAAGUGCUGAUCCAAUGAUACAGGCUGUACAAUAGACCCAGUGACUUCAGUGCAGUUAUUGGGACUUACAUGAUAGGAGUUUAACCAAGAAAUACUUUCUUAGGCGUAAAUAACACUGGACACAUUCAUGGAUCUUUAGCUCUGCCCAUUCAAACUGAACCAUAGCAAAGCUCUGUUGAUGCUUGGAAAUCGAUGAACCAAAAGAACAUUUAAACUUUAUAUUGACUAUUGUUUGACAAGUGACUUUGACUUCAAAUCAUCAAUGUAUGAUCAAGCGUCGAAUAGUAUCAGCAUUUUUACAAUUGCCCCCAGGAGGCGCUACAAUCCACAUCUGCAGAAUCAUCACUACAAAGACAAUUCCAAGUUUGUCCAUGGGCCAACAUCUGCACCAACCAGCAGGCAUCAAUAGGACCUUAUCUCAAAGCAUGCACGCAACUGAAAUAGAUCUUGUUCAACAUUUACAUCUCUGCAUUUAUUUUAUGCCGGUGCCACUUUGUUUUUAUUGAACAUUUAGCUAGUGUCAUCGGACUUUUACCAAGUGUCAUUGGACCUUCAGCUAGUUUUUUUUUUUACAUUUACUAGUUUAGUUGGGUUUUUACCAAGUUUCAUUAGGCUUUUACCAAGUUUCAUUGGAGCUCCAGCUAGUUUCAUUGACCUAACAGCUAGUUUUAUUGGACAUUUACCAAGUUUCAUUGGAGUUUACCAAGUUUCAUUGGAUUUUUAUCAAGUUUCAUUGGACUUUCAGCUAGAUUUUGUUUUAUAUUUACAAGUUUAGUUGGAUUUUUACCAAGUUUCCUUGGGCUUUUACCAAGUUUCAUUGGUAUUUCCAGCUAGUAUCAUUGAACUUUCAGCUAGUUUUAUUGGACAUUUACCAAGUUUACUUGGGCUUUUACCAAGUUUCAUUGGGGUUUAAGCUAGUUUCAUUGGAAUUUUACUAAGUUUUAUUGAACUUAUUGUUUUUAUCUGAAGUUAUCAUGAAAUUCGAUGAGAUACUAGAACACAUCGGAGAGUUUGGAUGGUACCAAAAACGAGUUUAUUUUAUUCUCUGUCUUCCUGCAUUGAUAUGUGGCUUGCAAGUUCUAAGUCCAGUAUUCACACUCGCUACACCUUUGCACAGAUGCAAACUUCCUAAUUACUCGAAUGAUACGUAUGAGAUACAGAACGACUAUCAGGAAUACUUGAUUAACAUAUCGAUACCGCCCAGCGAUGUCGACUCAUCCGACUACUCUGAAUGUAUGAUCUAUUCUGAUGUGAACUUUUCGGCGCCCCAUGAGUUUCGAUGGAGCAACACAUCUGCGCCACGGAGCACCCGAACGUGCAAAGAGUGGGUAUACGACAAAAGUGAAUAUGAUCUUUCAGCCAUUGAAGAGUUUUCCAUCGUGUGUGAAGACACAAUCAUGAGAUCUCACAGCAACAUGGUUCAGUUCAGUGGAGCUUUGUUUGGAGCAAUCUUCAUGGGGUUUAUAGCUGAUUGUUUAGGUAGGAAGAAGGCCAUAAUGCUGACUCUGUUGAUCCAGUUCGGCUCCUCGCUGGGUAUUUACCUGGCACCGUCCUACCAAGCGAUGACUAUCAUCAGAUUCUUUACUGGGAUAGCAGCUUACAGUUUGUUUGCCAUCAGCGCCACCACGGGUAUAGAACUUGUUGGCCCAGCUAAACGAACAUUCACUGGCGUUGUGGUCGAAAUUUACUGGUGCGUGGGCAUUUUGCUGUUGUUGCCCAUCGCCUACUUGUUGCCCAACUGGAGACAUAUACAGCUGGCUAUGUGUAUUCUUACUGUGCCUCUUUUUUCUAUAUGGUGGCUUAUCCCAGAAUCCCCACGUUGGCUACUGGACAAGGGCCGCUAUACCGAAGCUGAGGACAUUCUGCAAAAGAUCUGUCGGUCUAACCAAACCAAACUGCCUCAAGAUGCCCUCAUUCCGGAGACCAGAACACAAUGUCCUCACACCAAAAUCUGGAAUAUGUUUACUCACAGAGUCUUAAUCGUCCGGACCUUCAUUGUAUUCUUUAAUUGGCUUGCCGUCAAUUUACUCUAUUACGGUAUCAGUCUAAGUCUUGACAACUUAGCUGGCUCGACCUACGUCAAUUUUUUGAUUGGUGGAGUCGUGGAACUCGUCGCCUACGCCGUCUGCUUGCUUCUGCUGGACAGAACGGGUCGAAAGAAGAUGUACUGUGUCUCUAUGUUUAUAGGCGCCAUUUCGUGUCUAGCAGUCGUCCUGCCUAUUACAUUAGGCAACCAGAGUCAUAUGUGGAUAGCUACAGUCCUCGCGAUGAUUGGCAAACUCUGUUCGUCUGCUUGCUACGCCAUCUUGUAUAUAUUAUCUGCUGAACUGUUUCCUACUGUUAUUAGGAAUUCUGGGAUCGGUUUCUGCUCCGUGUUUGAAAACAUCGGUGGAAUGAUUUCCCCUUAUAUAGCAGAUAUGGGUAUUGUUCUAGGAGGCGCCUUCGCCCAAGGACUCCCCAUGACUGUGUUUGGCACUGUCAGUAUUAUAGCAGCGUUUCUUUCCCUUUUCCUGCCAGAGACUUUACAUAGGACGCUGCCAGAGACAAUUCAAGAUGCCAUAGACUUUGAUAAACAACAGACAUACGACAGAAAUGGUUCCAAAGUUCCAGUGGUUGAGGUAGAGCUCCAGGUCCCACUGACAGCUAAAGAAUAGAUUGCCCUCUUCAAUGUUGUCAAAUGAUGGAUGAGAGUACUCUCCCUGCGAUCAUGUUUGAAUUUUGUCUUCCUACUGUUAACUCUUUCUCUCCUAACUGACGAUACCAGCGUUGAUUCCAUUAGAAUGUGGUAAAUAAUUACGGAGAGAAAGAGUUAACUCUAAACCACUUGAAGUUUAAGAUAAAGAUCUAAAUCUAGCAGUCAGGUCUGGUAGAAUGAGCACAUGUAUAUCUUCCCAGACUUGACCAAAUUGACUGCUUCCUAUGGGCAACUUUAGAUUGGAUCGGAUUUUUAAAGUUGCCUAAUGUCCAAUCUCUUAAGGUUUUGUUUUUUUUCACAUUAAUGAUCAUAUCACUCAGGGAAAAUAUGUUUUGUUUCUGCUGAAAGUUAGGACAGCGCCACCUGCCGGUUACCGCAGUGCAGUACUUGCUUAUAGUGAAGUUCCCUUCCUUUCUAGGAAAGAAAAAGAAUAUUUAAAAAUUGAUUCAUUUACAAAUUAUAGACAUAGUUUGUAAUCACAUUCUGUUCGUAUUUUGUAAUAUAUACACUCACAUAAACACAUAUAUUAAAAUGGAACACAAUUUUUAUUCGGCGUUUUAAAAUGAAGCCAAUUGUAGAUCUUUUAUUAAUGUGUAAGAAAAUAAUUCAGUAGAAUAGACCGUACAUACUCGUAAUAUUCAUGUUGGUUUAUAGCCAGAAAAUAAGUUUAUUUUUGAGCUUUUGAAUAUCUAAAUAAUUUAAGGCUACAUGGUCUCAUAGGAGUUCAAGGAAAAGUGAAAUAUUUCAUUGACCAAAAUGUGCUCUAAAUUAAGGUCGAGGCUUGACGAGACGACCUACUUUCAUGUUUUUGUGAGCAAACUGAUUUCUUGUGUGUGUGAGUUGACCUACUUUCAUAUUAGUCUGAGUUGACAUACUUUGAUGUUUGCACGAGUA